AUCUUAAAAUAUGUCGAUAUAAUAUAUAUUCUAAUUAAAAUAGAAUAAUUAAACGUAAACUGUUUUUGUUAACUAGUGUGUAUGUGGCUGGUGGAAUCCACGGGGACACGUCAAAAGCAUACAGCACAGAGUCUGAGGUUCACGAGAUGUCAGCGAAGUAGACAAGGCGGUCUUGACAGCUUGCACGUAACUUUUUAGUAAGUUCACAAGAGUUUGCCUUUUAGAUCUACUUUUUAAAAAGUCAAAUGUUCCCGCAGAAGAAGGUGCACCAUUUUAAUCCGCUGCAAAAUGCGGGGAUUUUUUCUCAGCUUUUUAUGUGCUGGCUCAGCCCAUUGCUGCACCUUGGCCACAAACGAAGACUGGAGGAAAGCGACUUGUACAACAUUCUUCCCCAACAUGAAUCCGAGCUACUGGGACAAAACCUGCAAAGGUUUUGGGAUGUUGAAGUAAAAAAGGCCACAAAAGAGCUCCGAAAGCCCAAACUCACCAAAGUCCUUCUGAAGUGCUACGGGAAGUCGUACGCAGUAGCGGGACUGUUUGCGUUUUCACUGGAAGCAAUCAAAGUUAUCCAGCCGCUCCUUCUGGGGAAAAUAAUUCUGUUCUUCGAGAAUUAUGAUCCAGAUGACCGUGGUAGUCUUCUGGUGGCUUAUGGCUGCGCUGGUGCCAUGUGCCUCUCCACCUUUGCUUUAACACUCCUGCAACAUCUCUACUACUAUUUUGUCCAAAGAAUCGGCAUGAAGAUGAGAGUGGCUGUGUGUCAUGUGAUCUACUGCAAGGCUCUUCGUCUUAGCAGCCAAGCAAUGGGACAAACCACCACGGGACAAAUUGUAAACCUCCUUUCCAAUGACAUCAACCGCUUUGAUGAGAUUACGCUCAAUGUUCACUACCUGUGGGUGGGGCCGCUACAAGCAGCUGUCAUCAUCGCUUUCCUUUGGUAUGAGAUCGGGCCGUCGUGUCUGGCAGGUGUGGCCGUCCUCGCCUUAUUGAUACCCGUGCAGACGUGGUUUGGGAAGCUUUUUGGAAUCUUUAGGAGUAAAACAGCUGUUCUGACUGACAGUCGAAUCCGCAUCAUGAACGAAGUGGUGUCUGGCAUCAGAAUCAUCAAGAUGUAUGCCUGGGAAAAACCCUUCUCUGCUCUCAUCACAGAGUCCAGGAGAAAGGAAAUCAACCAGAUCAUGAAGAGCUCUUACUUACGAGGACUCAACAUGGCAUCCUUCUUCGCCAGCAGUAAGAUUGUGGUGUUUGCCACCUUCGCGGUCUAUGCAGUGCUGGGCAACACCAUCAGCGCCAGCCGAGUGUUUGUCACCAUGUCCCUGUACGGAACCAUCAAGAUAACAGUGACGUUAUUCUUCCCGCUGGCCAUCGAAAAAGUGUCAGAGACCAUCGUCAGCAUCCGCAGGAUAAAGAAUUUCCUGCUGCUGAAUGAAAUGAGUAGAAGAAAGUUGACACUGGAAAAUAAGAACCCAAACUGUAUUGAGAUGAAGAUGAUGACCUGCUACUGGGAUAAGUUCCUGGAUGCCCCGUCUCUGCAGAACAUUACUCUCACAGUGAAGUCACAGCAGCUACUAGCUGUAAUCGGUCCCGUGGGGGCCGGGAAGUCGUCCCUGUUGAGCGCCAUCCUGGGUGAGCUACCUCAUGAGAGCGGAAUGUUGACAGUGAGGGGUCAAUUCAAUUAUGCAUCCCAGCAGCCAUGGGUGUUUCCGGGCUCCAUCCGCAGCAACAUCCUUUUUGGAAGAGUGCUGGAUCUGCAUAAAUAUGAACGGGUCCUAAGGGCCUGCGCUUUAAAGAAGGACCUGGAACUGUUCCCGGAUGGAGAUAUGACCCUCAUCGGAGACAAAGGAGGCAACCUCAGUGGGGGGCAGAAGGCUCGCAUCAAUCUGGCCAGGGCAGUGUACGAAGAAGCAGACAUUUACCUCUUAGAUGAUCCACUGAGCGCCGUAGAUGCCGAGGUUGGGAAGUAUCUCUUUGAAGCGUGCAUUUGUGGCCUGCUGAAGAACAAGUGUCGCAUCCUGGUGACUCACCAACUUCAGCAUCUGAGGACAGCAGACCAGAUAGUGGUGGUCAAAGAGGGUCACAUGAUGGCCCAGGGUACAUACAGCGAACUGCAGAGCUCGGGCCUUGAUGUCGGCUUCCUGCUAAAAAGCGCGGAGGAACAGGAGCAGCAAAGUUGGUCUGCAAACUGGGAUGCCGUGUCACUUGCUAGUCACAGGAGGAAUCACUCCAACAGUUCACUCUACUCGCACAGCUCCCUCCUGCCACCAGCAUGUGGUGGCCAUGACCAGCUUACUGCUGAAAAUGUGCACGCCACAGUGGAAGAGACUCGUGCAGAAGGAAAUGUCAGCAAUGGCAUUUAUAUCAAGUAUUUUACCGCCCACUGCCACCCUCUGAUCCUCCUGGCUAUUUUGCUGCUCAGCGUUGUUGCUGAAGCUGCAUAUAUUCUGCAGGACUGGUGGUUGGUGUUCUGGGCUACUCAUUCGGCCAAUGACACAAUCAACAGUACGGUCCUGACAUUUGAGAGAGGCAUCAACAAGACUGCCUCACACAAAGGCGCUGAUCUGACAUUUUACCUGGGUAUUUAUUCAGGUUUGACCGCUGCCGCAGUGAUUCUUGGCUAUGUCAGAAGCUUGGUGAUCUUUCACGGACUGGUGAAAUCCACUCAGACGCUGCACAACAGGAUGUUCAACGCUGUCCUCCGCACGCCAGUCUACUUCUUUGACAUCAACCCCAUAGGGAGGAUCCUCAACCGCUUUUCAAAGGAUAUCAGCCAGAUGGACUCCAUGUUACCGCUCACCUUCGUGGAUUUCUAUCAACUCUUUUGGCAGAAUGUGGGUGUGCUUGCCGUGGCAGCCUCCAUCAUACCUUAUCUCCUCAUCGCCAUUGCUCCCCUGAUCUUCGUCUUUCUGUACCUGCGGCGUUUCUACCUCUCCACGUCACGAGAUAUCAAACGCUUGGAGUCCACAACACGCAGUCCAGUCUUCUCCCAUCUUUCGUCGUCCCUCCAGGGCCUGUGGAGCAUCCGAGCCUUUGGAGCUGAGGAGAGAUUGACCAAAGCCUUCGACUCAUACCAGGACCGUCACUCAGAAGCGUGGUUUCUCUUUCUGAUGACCUCCCGUUGGUUUGCGCUGCGUCUGGACAGCAUUUGCUCCGUCUUUAUCACCUUCGCAACAUUUGGCUGCAUCUUUCUCCGAGAUGGGUUGGAGGCUGGCGAGGUGGGCCUGGUGCUGACAUACGCUGUGACACUUGUUGGAAGCUUUCAAUGGACCGUGAGACAAAGUGCCGAGUUAGAGAACACGAUGACAUCGGUCGAGAGAGUGGUGGAGUACACCAAGCUAAAGAGCGAAGCCCCCUGGGAAACCUCGAAGCGUCCUCCUCCCAAUUGGCCGAGUCAGGGUCAGGUGACCUUUGACCAUGUACAUUUGUCAUACAGCGCCGACGCCCCAGGGAUCCUCAAAGACAUCUGCGCCACCUUCUGUCCCAAUGAGAAGGUGGGCAUUGUCGGUCGAACGGGUGCUGGGAAAAGCUCUAUGGCGGCGGCUCUCUUUCGUCUGGCAGAGCCACAAGGGAACAUCUACAUAGAUGGUGUGUUGACAUCUGAGCUGGGCCUGCACGACCUGCGACAGAAGAUCUCAAUCAUACCUCAGGACCCUGUGCUGUUUACCGAUUCUGUGAGGAAGAACCUGGACCCGUUUAACCAGCACACAGAUGCUGACGUAUGGAAAGCUCUGGAGCAAGUCCAACUAAAGUACAUGGUGGAGGACCUUCCUACCAAGUUAGAGACUGUUCUGGCCGAGUGUGGCUCCAACUUCAGCGUUGGUCAGAGGCAACUGGUGUGUCUGGCCAGAGCCAUCCUGAGAAAGAACCGCAUCCUUGUCAUAGACGAGGCUACAGCCAACGUGGACCCAAGGACUGACGAGCUGAUCCAACAAACCAUCCGACAGGAGUUCAAAGACUGCACCGUGUUCACCAUUGCUCACCGACUCAACACCAUCAUAGACAGUGACCGCAUUCUGGUGCUGGAUGAAGGUCGGGUUCAAGAGUUGGGUCAUCCCUCCAAACUUCUCCAGAACAAAGAUGGCGCUUUGCACAGGCUGGUUCAGCAACUGGGUCCCUCCGAGGCUGAAGCUUUGUUGGAGACAGCUAAACAGGCAGUGCAGACCACCUGAUGGGCCAAUGCUGGAAAACAUUGGUUUGAAUCCCUGAUGGAAGAAGCACCACCAAAAAGGUUGAGGUUUGUCAGGGUUUCAUGAGAACCGACAGUUGAUGAGAAAUGUCUGACUUUGUUGGGGUUUCAUUGUACAGAAUACCUACUGUAACUUUUUACUUUAAAUAGAAUACCUAAUAUAAGAUGUCAAUUGACUAUGUCAAUGAUACAAGAAGAUUGUUAAAAGGAUAAUAAAAAUAGCAAUUAUUAGCUCUUGUAGUGUAUAACCAAUCCAUACUGUGGGGCCAAAUGUCUACAGACCAAAUCCAUCAGAAGAUGUUAAGGUAGAAAAAUGAUCAUUGCUUUGCCUUUCAGCUGUACAUGAAAAACAAAAUAGUCUUGCUCAAUAAAAGUCAGACUUGUAAGAGAGUGGGAGCUUUAGGUGUGACUGUAGCGUGCAACAAGUUUAAUGUUAGCAAGCAUGGAACAAUGGUGCUUAAAGGCUUACCAUGAAUUGAUUAACGUGGACCCCGACUUAAACAAGUUGAAAAACUUAUUCGGGUGUUACCAUUUAGUGGUCAAUUGUACGGAAUAUGUACUGUACUGUGCAAUCUACUAAUAAAAGUUCCAAUCAAUCAAUCAAUCAGGUGGGGACGAAUGAUCAAUUCUCCGAUGCAUUUCGAUUAGAAUGAAGACAAUUCUGAAUCGAUACAAAUGUCCAAAUAUCGAUUAUUUACAUAUGUUAAAUAAAGUAAUACAGACAGUUCUAAAAUGCGAAAUGAAUGCUAGUGUUCUCUAAGCAUUAGUUCUAGGUUUGGUUCUAACUAAACAUGGGAGAUUAUUUUAACAUUAUGUGUUAAUUGAGUCAGAAUGGACACACAUGGAGGAGGUAGCAUGAGAGGACAAGCUAUGCUAGCUGCGGCGCUAAGUAGUAAAACAAGAGAAUAAUAAUUUCUACACUUCAACAGGAAGCUAAUGGAAACCGUGUUACAGCAGUAACCAGCUAAGAAGAGGAAAUGAUUAGCAAGUCGAUUAAUACAACAGCCACAGAUAUGAAUGAGUAGAUAGAUGACACAUGUCUUUGAACUGCAAGGUUAUGGCGACUGGAGCAAAGUGUCUGAACAUUCUGUGGUUUUAGAAGCCAAGAAUGUUAAAUCAAGGACGCCUGCUCGCCAAGUAAAGACGUUUACUUAUUUAAUCUCUUAUCAGGCAGCUACUCUUCUCACAUAUCUAGUCUUCCAUAUAAAUGCAUAUCUAUGCUGUGCGCAGUAACAUCUUUAAAACCGGAAAUGAUGCAAUACUGCAUACGUCAGAAGCCAAAGGAGGAGCCUUGUAGACAUAUUAUUAAAGGCCUACUGAAAUUAGAUUUUUUUAUUUAAACGGGGAUAGCAGAUCCAUUCUAUGUGUCAUACUUGAUCAUUUCGCGAUAUUGCCAUAUUUUUGCUGAAAGGAUUUAGUAGAGAACAUUGACGAUAAAGUUCGGAACUUUUGGUCGCUGAUAAAAAAAAGCCUUACCUGAACCGGAAGUAGCGUGACGUCACAGGUUGAAGAGCUCCUCACAUCUGCACAUUGUUUUCAAUCAUGGACGCCAGCAGCGAGAGCGAUUCGGACAGAGAAAGCGACGAUUACCCCAUUAAUUUGAGCGAGGAUAAAAGAAUGGCGGAUGAGGAAAAAGAAAGUGAAGGAUUAGAGGGCAGUGGAAGCUGUGAGAGGCGGGUGGGACCUGAUAUUCAGCUGGGAAUGACUAAAACAGUAAAUAAACACAAGACAUAUAUAUACUCUAUUAGCCACAACACAACCAGGCUUAUAUUUAAUAUGCCACAAAUUAACCGUGCAUAACAAACACCUCCCUCCUCCCGUCCAUAUAACCCGCCAAUACAACUCAAACACCCGCACAACACACUCAAUCCCACAGCCCAAAGUACCGUUCACUUCCGCAAAGUUCAUACAGCACAUAUAUUUCCCCAAAGUUACGUACAUGACAUGCACAUAGCGGCACGCACGUACGGGCAAGCGAUCAAAUGUUUGGAAGAAAGCUGCAUACUCACGGUAGCGCGUCUGCUAUCCAACUCAAAGUCCUCCUGGUUGUGUUGCUGCAGCCAGCCGCUAAUACACCGAUCCCACCUACAGCUUUCUUCUUUGCAGUCUUCAUUGUCCAUUAAACAAAUUGCAAAAGAUUCACCAACACAGAUGUCCAGAAUACUGUGGAAUUUUGCGAUGAAAACAGACGACUUAAUAGCUGGCCACAAUGCUGUCCCAAUACUUCCGCUCAAUCCGUGACGUCACGCGCAAACGUCAUCAUACCGAGACGUUUUCAGCCGGAUAUAUCCCGGGAAAUGUAAAAUUGCACUUUAUAAGUUAACCCAGCCGUAUUGGUAUGCGUUGCAAUGUUAAGAUUUCAUCAUUGAUAUAUAAACUAUCAGACUGCGUGGUCGGUAGUAGUGGCUUUCAGUAGGCCUUUAAUGUUAUUAAUGAUUAAAUGUAAUACAUUUAGGAUAUUUUAAAUUUUCCUGAGGGAACUCUCCUGAAGGAAUCAAUAAAGUACUAUCUAUCUAUCUAUCUACAGUGUAAUAAUAAUAAUACACUACAGUGACAAUAUACAAUAUAAUAAUUGAAGAUGUAUAAUUAAUUGAUUUGUAAUCGAAUCUUGAGGUGCCCAAAGAUUCCUACCUCUAACGGUGCUUGCUUGUUGAUGUAAGUUGAUGCAAGAUCAGACAGGGCUACUUCUCACCCAAAGUCAGAUGGGAUAGGCUCCAGCACACCUGAGUACAAUCACUAUAGGAAAUGAAUGAAUGAAUGAAUGGAAUGAGGGCAGCAUUUGGGUUCAAAUGUCCAGUACUACAUGUCAUGUUAUUGAAUGUACUGGUAAUAUAUGCAUGUAUGUGUUUCAACCAAAUCUGACAUGUAAUCUUUGUAAAGGACAUGACUUGAAAUAUUUGAUCACAAAGUCCAGGAUGUUGUGUGAACGCUCGGUGUGAGUUUGUACAUCUAAAGUUCCACCAUGUGUCCGUCAUGUGACUUGAGAGACCUUUUGAUAGGGGUUUUGGUCGCCAAUUGUUCUUUUGUAUUGUAAAAUGCUGUAAUGUUGGGGGUGGCAUGGCGUAGUGGGUAGAGCGGCUGUGGCAGAAACCAGGAGGUUGCAGGUUCGCUCCCCGCCUCUUGACAUCCAAAUCACUUCACCCUUGCCCCCAGUGCCGCUCGCACUGGUGAAUGAAUGAUGAAUGAUAGGUGGUGGUCGGAGGGGCCGUAGGCGCAAACUGGCAGCCACGCUUCCGUCAGUCUACCUCAGGGCAGCUGUGGCUACGAAAGUAGCUUACCACCACUAGGUGUGAAUGAAUGAUGGGUUCUCACUUCUCUGUGAAGCACUUUGAGUGUCUAUAAAAGCGCUAUAUAAAUCUAAUCCAUUAUUAUUAUUUUAUAAUUAAUAUAUUUUGUGGGUUUUUUUUUUUUAGAAUUAUUUUCAAUGUAAGACUGUUUUGGUAUUUAUAAUUAUUUUUGACUGUAAUUUGCUUUAAUUAGGAUGUCAAGAGGUUCAACCUGCUAGCAAUACUGUACAUGUACUGAAGGUGUGGACAAAAACAUGUGUGUAAUAUCUGCAACAAGGUGAAUAAACAAGAACAUCUGAGCAUUUCAUUUGUUGGUUGUGUUCAAGGGACAGUAAGUCUUUUUC